AUGUCCACUACAGCUCCACCCGCCCUACACCCUGCCGGGGUGAUCCGCGCUAUUCCUUAUCCCCGUAAUGAAGAUCUGGUUUAUCGCCAGGAUCUUAUGAAGAGAUUAGAUGACCUUCUACCAUCAACACCAGAAUCUUGCAGUGCUGCACUUUGGGGCUUGGGAGGCUCCGCCACCUUUUCGGCCGACUACAAGACCAUUGGGAAGAAGCUCGGGAUUGAUGAUAAGCUCAGCGCGACACAUCUUCUUGAUGCAGUACGAGCUGCAAUUGAAUCAAGUCCGAACUGGCUGAUGAUCAUUGACAACGCCGACAACCCGAGUAUGUUUGGAGUCGGCCAACAAGUGAAGACAGAAGAGGAGACUGAGCAACAGAAUCAGAACGUGUGUGGAAGUAUCUCGUGUGCUCCGCAAGAUACGGUGCUUUGGACUAGUCGAGAUGGCCACAUUACAGGCACGCUAGUGGCAGCGCGUCGCAGUGUUGAGGAGCGAUCCAUGAAGCAAGGCGUCUUCUUGAGAGAAUACUAG